UUCUCAUCUGUUCUUAGUUCCUUGCCAUUUGAUUCUCACUCAUGCUCUGUGAUCUCUGUGGUUCCCGUGUCCCCACGUUUUUCUUUGACUUGAGUUGGGAAACUACGACUCCUUUUUAUCGGCUGAGUGUUCCAAGUUGAAGGACUGUAAACCAAACGUAUGGCUGCUGAGGUAGAUUCUGUGUCUCAGAGUGCUGUGAGACUGAAGCAGGAGCUCUCUCUCCUUCAUGGUGUUUGUAUCAUUGUGGGCAACAUGAUCGGCUCUGGCAUCUUCAUCUCGCCAACGGGGGUUCUGAUCUACACAGGCUCAUUUGGCUUGUCACUGGUCGUGUGGGCCGUUGGAGGUGUGUUUUCUGUGUUUGGGGCAUUAUGCUAUGCUGAGUUGGGCACAACUAUCCGUAAAUCUGGAGCCUCCUAUGCCUACAUCCUGGAGUCCUUUGGAGGCUUCUUGGCUUUUAUUCGACUGUGGACAUCGUUGCUGAUUGUAGUGCCAGCAGGUCAGGCAGUGAUGGCACUGACCUUCUCCACUUACCUUGUCCAGCCCUUCUACCCAACCUGCCCUGCCCCUUAUGAUGCCGUCCGUCUCAUCGCCGCUGCCCUCAUUUGUCUGCUGACCAGUGUGAACUGUAUGAAAGUGAAAUGGGGGGCUGUUCUUCAGGUCAUCUCCACCGUACCCAAAGUUGUGGCUCUGAUUGUCAUUGUCAUUACAGGCCUGGUUAAGCUCGCAGAAGGUUGUCACCAGAAUUUUGAGGACUCAUUCAGAGGCUCCAAGCUGGAUGCCGGUAACAUUGCCUUGGCCCUGUACUCGGCACUCUAUUCCUACUCUGGCUGGGACACUCUCAACUUCAUCACAGAGGAGCUCAAGAACCCAGAGAGAACUCUGCCGCUGUCCAUCGCCAUUUCCAUGCCUGUUGUCAUGGUGAUCUACAUCCUGACCAACAUGGCUUACUAUGUGGUCAUGGAUGUGGACAAAGUGAUCAGCAGUGAUGCUGUUGCUGUUACAUUUGCAGAUGAGGUAUUGGGCUGGGGUCGCUGGCUGAUCCCUCUGUCUGUGGCCAUUUCCUGCUAUGGGGGCCUUAACUCCUCCAUCAUCGCUGCCUCCAGGUUGUAUUUUGUUGGUUCUAGAGAAGGCCAUCUACCUCAUGUCCUGUCCAUGAUUCACAUUCAGCGCUUCACCCCAAUUCCUGCCCUGCUUUUUAAUGGUGCCAUGUCUCUGAUCUACCUCUGUGUUGAAGACGUUUUCCAGUUAAUAAAUUACUACAGUUUUAACCACUGGUUGUUCAUCGGCCUGUCAGUUGCCAGCCUGAUCUACCUUCGCAUUAAAGCCCCGGAAAUGCCACACCCUGUCAAGCUGUCUUUGUUUUUUCCAGUGGUCUUCUGUCUGUGCAGCAUUUUCCUGGUGGUUGUACCUCUCUAUAGUGACACCACAAACUCUUUGAUAGGAAUUGCUGUGGCACUGUCUGGGGCACCAGUCUAUUACGUCUGCGUCUAUCUGCCGCCCACUUCCAGACCAACCAUCCUCGGCAAAAUCCUCAAUACAAUCUCUCUCUUCACUCAGAAGUUGUUUCUGUGCUGUGUGACCUCACCUGACUUUGACCUGGACAACGUAAACCCUGAAAAAACUGAAUGAUGGAGCUACCAAACACAGCCAGGGUGAAGUACGAUACUGGCAGAGAGGAACGUGACAAAACUGUUUUACUUUUUUGUCGUUUUUCCAUGAUACACACUGAUAAUGGAGCAGCCGUUUACAGCUUCACAGAGCAGAUUUGUUUGUGGAUGCCAUAGACUGUAAAACACAUCCACAUAUUAUGUAGCGCAGUGUUUACUGUGCAGUGCCUUCGACACAUACUUUUGUGCACUACGUACGUCACAUGCAUGCACAAACUGACCAACGUCUGUUGAAGAUAAUGAAAAUGAAAGGUCAGCAUUUGAUUAAUCAGAGAUGUGCAACAACCUUAGUGUCAUUCCUUUGAUAACUCAUGCACACAGGGUGAGAUCAUGUGGGCUGUUUCACAGUUAGGGUACACAAGUAUUUGUCACUGGCACCAAAAAAGAAAAUGCUUACUUUGGUCACAUUAUUCAUCCAUAUUGAACUGCUGACUGGGGUACUUAAAUGGCCAAAGUUUCAGAUCUGUCAGAUGUUUGCAUAUACAGUUAUAUGCAAAAGUUGGGCACCCUUGAUGAUUUUCCUUUAUAAAUCCUUGGUUGUUUGUAUCAGAAAUUUCAGUUAAUAUAUAUCUUAUAGCAGACAAACAGAUAUUUGAGAAGUGAAAUGAAGUUUAUAGGAUUUACAAAAAGUGUGCAAUAAUUCUUGAAACAAAACUAGAUCGGUGUAUGAAUUUGGGCAUCAAUAUUUCGUAGAUCCUCCUUUUGCAGAAAUAACAGCCUCUAAAUGCUUCCUAUAGCUUCCAAUGAGAGGCUGGAUUCUGAUUGAAGGUAUUUUGGACCAUGCUUCUUUACAAAACAUAUCAGG